AAUUUUUUUAUCGCGAACUUAUUACUAUUUAGAUACUAACUAUGCUAUUUAGGUGGUAUCAAGUAAUUAAUAUAAAAAGUGCGUAAAUAAUGACGGUUAGUACUAACAAAUCCGUGAUAGUAUUAAUCGGAGGUGGACAUGCGGCAGGUAAGAGAACCGCAGCGUUACUUUUACAACAAGAAAUUCAACAAACUCUUGCUAAAGUAGUGCUAGAUGUUCAAAUCAUUAGUUUAAAUGAUUAUAAAGAAGAUUCUAAUAAAACAACUAUAGAUACUCUGAAAUAUUCAAUUAAUAAUUCAGUUGUUACUAAUGCUAAUUUUAAGAAGGAUAAGUUUCCUCCUUUAAAACCAUCAAGAUUUAAUUUUGAAAAGUUAAAGCAAUACUUGACAGAUAAUUCAGAAACAUUACAAGAUCAACCUCAAAAAGUAUUAAUUGUUCAUGGAUUAUAUGCAUUAUAUGAUAAAGAAUUACGAAAUAUGUCUCAAAUUAAAGUAUUUAUUGAUGGAGAUUCUGAUGCUAGAUUAAUUCGAUGGAUAAGACGAGAUGUUCUUGGAGAUAGUCAAGAUAAAACUGAUUUAGAAACUUUAUUAAAUACUUAUGUAUUAGGAGCAAGAGCAGAAAUGAGUGAUUUUAUAUUUCCAACAAAAGAAUUUGCUGAUGUUAUUAUGCCUCGAGGAGCAGAAUCUAAUGCUGUAAAAUUAAUAUUUGAUGGUAUAUUAACAUUUUUAGCCGAUAAACAUUGUCAACCAGAAAGAAUGUAUUUACCUCAUACAUUUGGAGGUAAUUAUUUAAGACCUAAUGAUCCCUUUGAGAGGGAGAAUAUUGAUGGACAAAAGAGUACAUUCUAUGAAUUAAAUUGAUAUACUUACAUAUAUAGAUACUUACAUA